UUGCUCGAUUUCAUGGCCAUCUGAUUCACAUCUCUUGCAGGCAAGAAAAAAAACGCACACAAAGUUUUCCUGCGGAAUGUGUAGUGCGAUUCCAAAUUAAGCAGUUUUGUAAUCGUCCAUAGUAUUUCGUUGUUCGGUUAAAUAAGAUAGCCUGCUGCUGCCUAGUGUGUUGCUGUUGACCAAAUAUUUGUGUGUUAAUAAUACCAAGUGAACAGUAAAGAGCAGCUCUAUUUUAUUUACGUUGUGUACAAAUGAUGUAUCGGUUCUGAAACAAGUGUAAAAUCGGAGUAGUGUUCAUAAAUAUAUCCCAAGGUCGAACCUUUAGCGAAUAAGUUUCUGUGUAAAACGGAGCGGAAGUGAUAUCGGAAAUAGAUAAUGUGUGCAUGCCUGUUCAUAGCAGAGGAGUGUGCAUUUGAAGCAAAAUGAAUGAUGGCAUGGCAAAUUUCUAAAAGGGGAAACAACGCGUAAUGUAACGUAAUGUGCCGAUUCUUCCCGUCCUUGAAGUCGUCGAGCGCGAGAAGUGGCGUUUGACGAAAAUUAAAAACGAUAGCGCACUUGUUCCAAACAACAACAAUAUAGAAAUGCUGCAGCACCCAGUAGGCUGGUGAAUGAAUAGUGUUAUUUGCUAAUGAAACUCCUUUCAUGUGCUGACAAACAUACUCACUUCACCAUUUAACAUCAGCUGCAGUUAUUCAUACACUUCCUUCAUGUACUCUCAAUUGAAAGCAUUACUAACUUCCAGAGAACGCCUAGAGACUCUAAAUAAUACAUCAGCUUUGAUACACUUUAGAUGGAUUUCGUCACGUCUGAACAAUGCUAAGAUCUGAACAUUGUGUUUAUGACAAGAAUUUAACCAAGAUACAAACCUAAAUCAGCAACCAUCGUGCAAGUCAAUGCUGCCUAAAUGGCGAUCUCUAAUCUGUGGAUAUAAAAAUAAGAAUAGUAAAAGCUAUUCUAGUACUACUGUAGAAUCCAUUAACAAGACCAUUAUAGAAAUGAUAAUGCUGCUUUAAACACGAAAAACUUCCACGACAGGUGGUGUUAGAUAUGGUCGAUGAACCAUUUCGUAGAGAAUAAUGUAAGCUGCGUUGGAGGAGAGGAUCACAAUCGACUCGUCGUAAAUUACAACCAGUCCUGUUGUGAACUUUAUCAAUCGAUAACAAUCCGGAGUGCAAAUUAUUUGCGCGAGAUAAAAGCAAAUAAUCGGAAUAAUGAACAUGGAGACUACUCAUUUGGUCACGGAAUUCAUCACACAUACUGGAGCUAAUACGCAAGACGCUGUCAGCUGUUUGAAAUCUUGGGAAUGGGAUUUGAAGAAAGCGCUAAUCGAUUACAAUGAUACUUCAACUACGGAAUAUUUCAACAACAAGAAAAAUGAAAAUGAAGAUCUAAUGAAAGCACACUCAUCUACAUCCACAUCAACGCCACAUUUGUACGGAUCUGCGUCCACUUCUUCAAUGCUACCGUCAGCAACAACGAGAUCGAUGCUAUCAUCGGGUACAUUUAGCAAAAAUCAACGCCAGCAACAACCACUACAUAUGCAACAUAUUCAUGAUUCACAAUAUCCAUACGUAACUAACGGAAGUGUGAUCGGAAGCAAAAACGGGACAUUUUGUGAAAGCAACAGAUUUAGCAAUAGCAGCAGCAAUAACAGUACCACCGUGCAAAUGCAAUCUCUGUCUGGCGUGAAAUCACACCGUAAUCCACAGUAUAACCAUUUUAACAAUUCCGGGUCUUCGUCCACCGGGAUGUCAAUGGUGGGGAAUGUGAAUCCUGAGAGCUGCAGCAGCAACAGUGGAAUGAACUACAACUCCGUUUUACAAACACCGAUUGUACAUCUGAAGCCAAUGCUCAAGAAAGCCGAUUCGAUUGACAUUUUUGAUAGCAAAAAAUUGGAACGGGGAAUUUCACGUGCUACCGAAAAUGUGACAUUGGUUUCGCGCGCCAGACAAGAGUUUGAGAUGGAUUUUCACGCACACAUUCAUGAGCAGAAUGAUAAAAAUUUGAACUUCAUCGAUACGCCGGACUAUACGUUUACCCUGCCCGAUCUUACUAAAUAUACGGACGAUUUUCGCAAAUUUCUCGAAAAAGAUCUUAUAGAGAAUUCUACCCUCAACUCGCUGGAAACUACAAACCGGCUGAACUGGUGGUAUGAAUCAGGAGCAUGUCGUAAACUGUGGCCAUUAGCAACUACAGGUGAUGGAAACUGCCUGCUACACGCUGCCUCGCUGGCUAUGUGGGGCUUUCACGAUCGUCGUUUGACAUUGCGUCGUACGCUGCAUGACAUUUUAUCGAAGGAAGAAUUUCGCGAAGCACUUUAUCGGCGGUGGCGAUUCCAGCAAACGCGUGUCAAUAAGCAAGCUGGAUUCGUGUUUUGUGAAAGCGAAUGGGCUAAAGAAUGGGAGGAAAUUGUGGCAAUUGCUUCCCCAGAACCUAGGCGCAAUUCCAAGAGUACCGGCCCUUCCAGGCGCCGAUCACUAUUGAUCGAAAAAAACUUUGAUGCUCUUACAGGUGGGACAAGUUCUACUUUAACCAGCGAUCGAGAAGACGAAAAUGCCACAUACGAAAGCUUGGAAGAGAUUCAUGUACUAGCGCUAGCGCAUAUACUUCGACGCACGAUCAUAGUGGUUUCCGAUGUGUUUCUUAGAGACAUUAACGGGGAGGCAUUUUCACCCAUACCAUUUGGGGGCGUUUAUUUGCCGUUCGAAGUACCAUCGAACGAAUGCCACCGGGCACCGUUGUUGCUCGCGUACGAUAUGGCACACUUUUCGGCGUUGGUAGCUAUGGAAGCGAGUAACGACAGUCCACCAGCGUUAAUACCAUUAGUGGAUGAAACGAAUCAAUUACUUCCGAUUCAAUUUUGUAUUGAUCCUGGGAAGGAUUUCAAUUGGCGCGAAUACGACGGAAGCGAUGGGAAUUGGAUUCUUACCGAUCGUGAACAUAUAGCGUUGUUGAAAGAAUAUCUGGACAUAGUUCAUGCUACCGGUAUUGAAAGUCCGGACGAUGAAAUCUACUACGACGAUUACUCCGACGAUGAGUAUGAAAAAAAAAUUGCGGAAGGAGAAAUAGUGUUUACAUCCGAUGAGAAUUACAAUCAUAAUGUUGGUACGGCGACAGUUAGCGCAACUGCAUCCUCGACGGCGACAUCAAUUAGUGGAGGAGCAAUAGCAUCCAUGACGGCUUCCAACCAAUCUUUACCUGCUAGUGGCAGUGGGAAAGAUGCCGGAGGGAAAAGUAAAGCUGCAAAACAACUCCAAAGUGUUGCAAAGCAAUUUGGCAGCAUUGGUAAAUCAAUGAGCCGCAAGCUUCGUAAAAACAUUGGUUCGAUUACACGAAUCGGUAGUAAGAAUAGCCACAGCGGUAGUAACGCGGGAGGAACCAAUGGCAAAAAGUCUCAUUUUAAUGAUAAAAGUAAUUAUCGUAGCGAGUACCCACGGUUUCGAAUUUUGUGUGCACAGCUAAAAUCUCGCCGCCACGAGUAUCAGGAGGAGAUGAUAAGAAACUACCUUGAGUGCGCUCAAGAACGUUACCUUGAGGCGGAGAAGAUGCGUGAUCGAAAGGAAAUCGAACGUCUUACGAAAUACGUUGCAGAGGUAGGACAGGUUCAUCGUGACCAUGAGCUUGAAUACGGUGGUGAUGGGCGUGUUAUCGAACUGUCCGAAAUUGAUGGAGGUGGACCGGUUAACUGUAUUAAUGCCGGGUGUUUGAACUAUGGUACCGCGGCGACCAGUUAUAUGUGCCUAGAAUGCUAUGAAAUGCAAUGCAAAAGAGAAUCGUCUAAUCCGUCUAAAUGUAACAUCGAUUCGACGGAUUACACACUUCGCUACGGGACGGGUAAGUCCAAAUUUUACGCUGAAGCUGACAUGGAUGCGCACGAUAGAAUACAAAAAUUACCUUCUGCAAGGCGUUUGAAUGAUCUCGAUCAAACGCUCUAUUUGUCACGCUCUACCUUUUACAAUGAUACGAAACCGAACGAGAUCCACUUACCAACAGCCUCUGCUUACAAGCAAGGUGCUUUGGAACAGUCAUCCAUUGCGGUUGGCCUGGUCAGACAAAAUUCGCAGCCGCAACAACUUCAGCAUCACCACCAUCAUCACCACCAACAACAACAGCAACAACAACAUCCUCAGUCCCAUUAUCAUAGGGGGGAAGAAGCGAACAAACCGUUACACCAGCAACAGCAGGCAGCUACUGGUACGUGUAUGGAAUAUUCUCUCAGUGCUAAACCACCAACCGGCCCAUCUUCAUCCGGUUCAACGACUUCCAGCUCUAGUGGCAUUGUUGCAUCCGUAUAUUCACCGGGAAGUAGUGGACACAGCGGUAGUCACAAUUCGAACAUACCUUAUACACGUGCCGGAGCGUUGUGUGUGGUAAAUCUUCCUCCAGUAUCUAGCAGCGCUGAUUCUACUGGCACAGGAGUUGUUGGUCAGUUUGCGAGCUCUCACAAUGGAAUAGCAGGAACGGCACAUGGUUCAUCAACAGGAAGUAACGAAGCCAUGCGAUCCUUGCAUCCAUUUUCGUCAUCGUCGUCUUCUUCCUCUAUUGGUGUUGGGGUUGGUGUAGGUAAUGGAGGACUUCAAUCAUCACAACCAAUCGUAAACAGUAGUCAUUACGGCAAAAAUCAACUAUGCCGCACAGAAGGGUGCAAAUUCUACGGAAGUAUCAACACUAACUUUUACUGCUCCAAGUGUUGUCAGGAGUACAAUAUUUAAAGCUUCCAUUUAAUUUCACCAUUUCCAACAGUCUCCGGAAAACACGGCAAUACCACCAUCCCAACAUUUGGGGUUGCAUAGCAAUCGGUUUGUGAGGGGCGAACAAAAAUACUCAAUUCUUUGUUGCUAUGAGUUUUAGAGUGUGACUCUCACUUAUUCACCAGAAAUAGUGCUGGAUGUUGAGAUCAAACAGUUGUUUACAGCAAAAUAGAAUACAUAAAUAAAAACCAAAAGAAAAACACAAAAGAAAUACGAAGGAUACAGGAACACAAAGAUUAUAUUGGCUGUUGAUGUAGCUUAGCGUAGUAGCGAAGUCAGUAAAAUUGUGAUAUAAUAUAGGUCAUAUCCAAACUGAUCAUCCGUUUUUGCGAAUAUUGGUAUAUUGAUGUACAUGUUUGACACAUACCUACGUUCAGGAUAUCGGAUUCAAAAUUUACAUAGUGCUCUAGCUUCUUCCGCUUCGGGGAAAUACACUUGCUUAUAGUAAUGCUGCGACCAUGUGUGGAAUGUUUGUAUAGAAAUGGAAAGGAAACGUGUUGGCAAGAUAAGAUCAAGUUGAAACUCAAAUUAUUGCCCCCAGCAAUUUUAUCAUUUUUUUUUAAACCACAUUUGCAACCAAGGUACCGCCUUCGAUCAAUCCUGCUGAUUGCGUAUGAAUUGUGUAAGAAGACGUGUGUUUUCGUGUGUUAGGUCACAGUUAAGAUUAUGUUGUGCAUCAUAUUUCGACACUACCAAUCCAAUAGUGCACUAUUUGUACGAUAGUGUGUUUAAUUUAUUCUUAAACUGUGUUUCACUGCUCUUUGCUAGAUUUGUUAUUUGUUAUAAGAUUUGAAAUUCGUUUUAUGUUAUUCAAUCACAGAAAAAAGGCUUUGCUGUGCACGCGAACAGGUGUUAGAAUUAAUCAAAAAACCAUCAAGUUUAUCUUCGAAUUGUUUUUGCAUGUGUAAUUGUGUGUAAUUUCAACUAGUGAAGCAUUAUAGACCUUCGAUUCGAUUUUGUCUUGUACAGAUAUGAUACGUUUUGUGUCACGAUACGAUUGUGUGGGUUUGCGCUGCGUUUAUAUUACUGCACCUACGUUAAAAGGUAUUGAAAUUCGCAGAAGGAAGGACACUAAUAACUAUCGCUGGCGGCACACUGGAUUAUUUUCUUUACAGCAUACAUAUUUUGUCUUCGCGACGCGAUCAAUGUUAUCUAGAAAUAAUCAUAAGGUUUCAAAACUAUACAGCGAAUUGUUGCUACGUUUGAUUUUAAUCUACUUAAAUGCGUUUUUUUGUCUCGUAGAAAGCGUUUUGAAACAGUUAAUAGCAACAAAUAGCGUUUGUAUAACAGCCCCAGAGGUACUAGGAGUGUACGUUAGUACCAAAAAACCUUCCAAAGUUUCAGAACAUACUAGGGUCGGUAAAGUUUUAUUUUCAAAAGUGAAAUCAACAUGAGAAACAAUUGCAAUCUACAAAAGAGCAAUUGAUAUGAGCGUUAGUAGAACUAAUAUUAUAAAUGUUUUGUUUUAUUUAAUAUUUAACAAUGUGAAAUAAUUCAUGAUCAACUGCGUUUUGCCACUUCUUCAUUUCUCUUGUAUCGACUCAUCAGCAUCAAUUGACUAACCGUCUGUGUAGAUUUUAAGUUUUAGAUGCUCCAAUGCAAAAUGAGUUAUGAAAAGCAGCGCAAACAGGUGUGAAGCUCCAAAACAGAAUACUGAUCCAGUGACAUCCGCAAGUAGGUAGCCAUACAAGAGAGUAAUAAAUUAUACACGAAGGAACAGAUCAGAAGGCUCGAUAUAUUUAUUCUAUACAUUACGCAUUACCAAUGAAAAAGGAUCACUAGCGAUCCAUGAUGGACGGUAGGCAGAGUCAACCAAAAUGAGAAACCCGGAAAACCUGGCGCAUGCGCCUACAAUAUUUAUCUUUUAUGCAUAACCAAAGUUUGUGAAUGAUUUAAAGAGCAAAUUGUUCUUGUGAAAAACUAUAAAACUGAGCGGGAGCGUACGUGCGGUGUAAAAGGACUCGGUGCGGUGUAAAAGGAAAAGAAAUAAACUGUUGAUGAUGAGAGCAUUA